AUGGAGUUACCCGAGCCCGAGGUGGGCGUGGAAGAAGGAUUACACGCAUGGGAGGCGGCGGUGGAGGCGGCGCGCGGCGGCGGCUGGCUGGCGCUGCUCGUGGGCGCUUCACCUUUCACCGGCGACUUGCAUAGCUUCGUCGCCGCCUUCGUGCAACGACCGCCUGAAGACUUCAGUGAAGAGUUUCGUUUGUGGAUUGUUUCCGAAGACCGUGAAAUACCACCACUUAUUGCAAAUGCGUGCGUGAAUGUCAUUUUAGAGGCGCCCGAAGGCGUGAAGCACAACGCUCUAGGCACGCUGGCGGCGUGGGGCGGCUACGAGGCGGCGCCGGCGCUGGUACGCGCGCACGCCUGCCUCGCGCUGUUCCACGCCGUGCUGCAGGAGCGCCGCGCCUAUAUUCCGCAAGGUUGGACCCAGUGGUACGCGUGGGAGUGGGGCGAGGUGUGCGCGAGUGCCGAGGCGCUGCGGGCCGGCGGCGCGGGCGCGCGCGCUUUGGUCCUGGCGCUGUACGCGGCGCGCGCGGGAAGCGAGGCCGAUCGUGCGGCCCUGCGCGCGCUGCAUAAUGCGACACUCGGGGAUCACGCGCUAGCGCACGACGCGCGCCCGCUUGGACUACCGCUGCGUCUACCACAUGCCACGCGCACACAGGUACAUUAUAAUAAAGCAGCGCUGUACGCGGCGCGCGCGGGGAGCGAGGCCGACCGCGUGCCUUACAUAAUGCAACGCUCGGAGAUCAUGCGCUCGCUCACGACGCGCGCCCGCUUGGACUACCGCUGCAUCUACCACAUGCCACUCGCACACAGCUGCGCGCUGGUACUAGCUCUGUAUGCGGCGCGCGCGGGAAGCGAGGCCGACCGUGCAGCCCUGCGCGCGCUGCAUAAUGCAACGCUCGGGGAUCACGCGCUCGCGCACGACGCGUGUCCACUCGGUCUACCGCUGCGUCUACCACAUGCCACCCGCACACAGGAAUAUUCCUCGGCGUUUGAAGCUCUCCCUCAAAUUGAUACACCAGAAAUACUCGGUCUGCCGGCCAAUUGCAGAAUCGCAUGGGAAAGAAACGCCGCCAACGAUAUCAUAAAUGGUUUAAAAGAAUUGGACUCGACAACGAGUAGCCAAGAAAAUAAUAAAAACAAUGUCACGCCUUUGAAAAUGAUUCUGGCACUUUGGAAGAAGUUGAUGUCUGGAAGUCCUCUUUUAAAAGCAGAUUAUAAGAUUGACCGCAUGCGCGGAUGGUGGGGCAGCGUGUGCGCGAGCGAGGCGCGCGAGGCGGCGCGUGCGGCCCGCGGCCUUCACCUUGCGCUAGCUGUCCUGGCGCGCCAGGCAACCCGCGCGCCGCCGCUGCACAAGGUGCCGGAAGAGUGGCAGGCGCUAUGGGCGGGCCCGCAGCGGCCCGAGGAAUACGUGCGCGAGUUCUGCGCCCGCGCGCGCGCCGCGCUCGAGCGGCUCGCCGCGCCCUUCGCAGACGACUACCUGCCCGCAGAGACGGACCUGCGCGGCUGGCUGCGGCCGGCGCGCGCGCUGUGGGCCCUGCGCGCCGUGAGCGCCGCGCGCCUGCGCACCGCGCCGCACGACCUCACGCUCGCCGCCAAGUGGGACUGCACAGAACUAAAAGACAAUAGCAUGAACCUUGUUGUGACUCGAGAGUUCACACAUUCAUUUGUUUAUGUAUUUCCCCAGGGUGGUGAGAUAUCGCUUCGCCCCGAGGGCACGGCGCAGGUGCCGCUGUACGCCAGCGCGGCGCGCGAGACAGCCCUGGCGUGGCUGCGCGCGCCGCUAGCUCGCCCGCUCGCGCGCCCGCUCGCCGCGCUGCACGCCGUCGCGCUCGCCGUCGCGCCCGCCGCCCACUGAGCCGCCGGCGGCCGGGCUCAUACAGAUCAUAGCUACCGGUUGCUAAUAGGGAAUAUGUAUCGAUUUUAAAAGUUCAUAAUGUAUGUAUAAAUAAACACUAGCUAAAUCAUAGAAUUUCUGAAAAACUAGUUGAAACAGUGGCAGCGCAGCAUUGGUUGGAACCCGGGGCGAUUUUUGUGACCCAGGAUUUUUGGUUUAUUUGCGCGACUGUUGUCACCCCCCGAUUCUUGGCACCCGGGGCCUUCUUUGUAAUCAUUUUAGAGUUAAUUCUUUAUCUUGAGUGUAUCAUUAUCCUUGUGUGUAGCUGUAGUAGCCAGUAGUAGGUCGCACUUAAUUACAAUGUAAUAAAAUACUCUAAAAUUAAA